ACAUUGUAUCAGUUUAUAUAAUCCCUCAGCCAUGCUCAAAUCUAUCUUAAAAAAAAUAAUUCUCAAUUUGUUAUAGCAACUUCUCUACUCUCGAAAUGAAUUGAAUUGAAUUGCAUUUGCAUGACCAUUUCCUUUUUAUAUUGACCUCGGCCCGCUGAGUGAUGUCAUCAGUGUGUACAUAUGUAUCGAUGCAUGGCAUAAAGAAUUACAACUACGGUUGAUGUUUAUAUUGGUGCAAUAUCGUCACAUGCUGUCGAGGCCAGGCAGUGUAAUUUUGCAGUUGAAUUCCAAGUGCCGACCGGUGCUCGUAAUACUUCGAGAAAUAAGCCCGAAAGUGUCUGCUUGGAGUCGGUGCAUGUGAAUGCGAAAAUUAUUAUAAGGCUAUUUUGGAGAUCGAGGCGGUCUGAAUACACCAAUUGAUUAUGAGUGUGGAUACAGGAGCUCUCCCGCCUAAGGCAACCAAGGGAAAUGAGGAUAUUGCUGACACACCGAUUGAGUUCCUUAUCGAAUUUCUCACUCAACUGAAGGCAACCUCAGAAAAUGCGCCCGAGGCCACACGUACCCUAGUUAAUCAGUCCCUAGAGCUUGCCUCAGGUUUACUGACAUAUCCUCUAACAAUGAGCAGUGGUGUCAGCAGAGAUGCCCAGCUGCUUGCCAAUGAGACCAAGGCAAUCGAUUUCGAAGUACUUUACAAUGAAGGCAAAACGGGAUCAUUUAAGUUCUUCAAAGAAAUGUCAUCAAAUCUUUUACAAGGUCAGAUUUUAAAGAUGAUGGUUCGUAUGACCGGAGCAAAGAAAGUUCUAGAAAUCGGUACAUUCACUGGUUUUGCAGCUCUCAACAUGGCGGAGGGGUUGCCUAGCGACGGUAAACUUGUUACAAUGGAACUACUCCCAUUCUUUGCUCAGUUUGCAAGAGAUUUCUUCUCUCGUACAGCGACUGGGUCAAAGAUAACUGUCCAAGAAGGCUCUGCAAUUGAUCUGCUGAAAAACUUAGCUGAGAAACGUGAAUCUUUUGAUCUGAUCUUCAUUGACGCAGCUAAAAAAGAAUACAAAGAUUAUCUUCAGGUCAUUCUUGAUAGCAAUAUACUCGCUCCAGGCGGGACGAUGUUGUUUGACAACACGAUCUUCAAAGGGGCGACAUUCAUGGAAAAUUUCCCAAAUGCUGCUUUUGCAAGGGGCGGGCCCGCCGUCCACAAUUUCAACAAGAUAUUACAAAAUGAAACACGUGUUGAGCAGGUCGUUUUACCAAUAAGCGAUGGGGUUACGAUUGUACGCCGAAUAGGAGAAUAACGCAGACAACAAGCAGUCUGGUAUACCCCGUGGCAGGACUGAAGGAACCAAUGAUGGAACGAAAUGCUAUAAAGAUCGGUUGUGAUGUUAUACAGUCUUGUCAUUCGCAAUUUCGCACCGUUUUUAUUUUCUUUGUCUUCACUAGGAAGCUUCUCCGUGUUAUGCAUUUUCCUCUUCAUCGUUCAGUUCCCGCCCUCUCCGAUGUAACGCGUUAACAAGACAUUGUGACAAAGGGAUCAGUUAAAGACUUGCCAUUCCAAAUACUCUUCAAAAACUGGGGCUUCGCAUAUCCACUUUAACUGCAAUAACGAAUGGAAGAACUCCCCACCCCCUCCCCCAUUCAGAUCAACUAAAAAAAAUCAAAAAUUUUCCCCCUUUUCCUAUUAGUUAUUUCCUUUUACUUUAAAUCUUUUAUACAUUUUUAAAUUAUUUUGUUGUUUAUCGUUUGUAAACGCCAUUGAACUACAUGGAGAGCGUACUCACCUACUAAAUGCGAGUGAAUAUUAGUGCCAUCGACUUGACGACAUGGGGAGAUACUUAAUCCUAUCAUGUUGCCUUAAUAGCCCUAUUUUGUUGACAUAGCGAGAUGAAAUAUCUCUCCACGUCACCGUGCAGGUUUUUUAUAAGUCAACUUGGCAAAGUAUCUCACCUUGUCAACAUUUUGUUUGAAGGUCGACUAGCUUGGCAAGAUAGAAUGUCGACAUAAUAGGACUUUAAAGUUGACAUGGAAAGCUUAGGUAUCUCGCCAUGUCGUCAAGUCGAUGGCACUUUAAAAGCUUCCUUACGUACUUUCUAAAUUUGUCACACCGCCCUAAUUUAGUGUAGUCUGCAAGCACAUACUCAUAUUUGACUCUCAGCCCAAUAACAGGUCUAUAGAGUGAAGACUAGACUCCAAAGACUCUGUCUGUGUCGAAUAAGAGCCAGCUACCGCACAUAGUGAUUCUAGUCUCACUACUUCAGACUCUACGCAUAUGCACUAUGCGAAAUUGCGAAAACCAAGGGUCUGUGCCUGCAGACUAAUCAUUUAGGGUAUCAGACUGUGGCAAUUCGAGAAUAUGAGUUGAGUUGAAUUUGAGUUGAGUUGAAUUUAUUAACAACAUUAACAUAUUUACAUGAAUGAAUAUAUGUGUAAUACAUAUUUACAAGAAUGUGUUAUAUAACAUGAAUCAUAUAAAUGCAAUUCAUAACAUAACAUAAUCAUAGUCUAAAUAAAAACACAAUAUAAUACCGCAUGUGAUAUCAGCAUAUAAUACAAAAGAGUAACAUCAUGUGUUUUGUCUUGAUGCAGUUUCACCUGACAAGAAGCAAAUCACCAUAAAAAUUGAUUGUAUGCAUGAACAUAAAUUAUAAAUGGUAUGGGUGAUUUUGUACCAAAUGAAAUGCUGUUAAAGGGAGAACCAAAAGUUAGCACAAGUGCUAGUCGAGAAUGGUUUCCCAAAAGGAUCAAAGUUCAAUGUAUCUACUUCUAAAACAACUUUGUUUUAUUUAAUUUUUUUCCAAACUCAUAUCAAUCAUCAAACUUCAUUAAUCAAGUAAUUUUUCAGAUUUUUACGAAAUGAAAACCGUGUUCUUUUCUCUCGUAUACUCUGGGGCAAACUAUUCCAAAACUUUGCUCCAAGAAAAGAUAUAGAAAAAGUGCCAUGUGUAGUGUUACAUUUGGGGAGUCUUAGCAUGGAAUGUUCUCUGCCUCUGGUUUUGUAACUAUGAUUUAACAUCUCAAAGUAUUGCUUUACAGAAUGUGGUAAAUGUUCCUUGUGUAAAUCAUAAACAAAUGUUGAUACUGCAAGUUUAUGCAAGUCAUAAACACCUAAUACCCCCAGACUGACGAAUAGUGGCGUAGAGCUUGUUCUAAGUGGAGAAAAUGUAAUUGCUCUCAUAGCCAUUUUCUGCGCCAAAUAUAUACGAUUUAGGUGGCUCCUGUAGCUACUUCCCCAAACUUCAAUUCCAAAAGAUGUGUGGUUGUAUAAAACAUUUAUACAAAAGCAUUAGAACAUGCCGUGGUACAUAGUAACGUAAUUUAAAAAGCAAACCAAUUUUCCGCCUAAUGCAUUUAUCAAUACAUUGGAUCUGGUUUUUCCACAACAAAGAUUCAUCGAUUUGAAUUCCUACAAAAGAUGCCACAUGUACUUUUUCUAUAACUGUUUUCACAUAAAGUUAAUACACCUUCAAUUUCAAUAGAUCGUCUUUGUCCUUUUAUUAUCAUAUAAUUAGUUUUCUUCAAAUUUAUGGUUAAUUUAUUAAGUAUACACCAACUAUACACCUCUUUUAAUUUCUUACUUACAUAGUUCAUAUCAAUAUCUUUUUGACAUUUGGGGAAAGUAUGGAAAAUAUUUGAAUCAUCUGCAAAAAGUCUAAACUGGAAAAAAUCAGUUGAUCUUGGUAAGUCAUUAAUAUAUAAUAAAAAGAGUGUUGGCCCCAGGACUGAUCCUUGGGGAACACCACAUGUUAUCCUUCUACUACUGGACAUUUCAUCUUUGUAACAUAAAACCUGCGAUCGGUCCAUUAAGUAAUUCUGGAACCACUGCAAUACAAUACCUCUUAUUCCAUAAUGCUUUAAUUUUUCGUAGAGUAUGUUAUGAUUGAUUGUGUCAAACGCCUUUUUGAAAUCUAUAAAUAUACCUAUGGUUAUUUCACCUUUA